ACUGGCAUUUGGCGAAUCUGAAUUUAGUUCUUUAAUGGCGACCGCAGAUGACGGGUCGUCAACUAAAAAUUGACUUUAGUUAUAUAGAACAUUAGUCGAAAUCGUGUUUAGUAAAUAUGACGGGAAUUUUGCCAAACUACCAACGCUUUGUUAAUGGAGUACCCGUGCCGUCCAUAUCUCGACGUUCUUUUCGUCUUCGUGAAAAAUAUUUGAUUAUAUCUGUACUUUUCACAUUUGGAAUUGUGUGGCUAGGCGCACUGUUUUAUUUGCCAGAGUUUAAAACUUCUACGAGUGUAAACGAUAGUGUUUAUAAUGUAUACAAACGCAUACAGAAGGCAGGCCCUGAGCUCCUUAUGCCUCCACCGCUCGCUCAGAAUGAAGUCGGUGAUUUUCCUGUAAUUGGUAUUGCUCGUCACGGUGAAGAAGGAGAUGAUCCUCAUAUAGUUGAAGACAGGAAUCGGCUUCGCGCUAAAAUUGAUGAGGACAUGGGUAUGAAAGUGUUGGAGAGACCUCAGUUCGAUGUUGCACCUUCAGCUUCCUCUUCGAAAGGUCCAAGUAAGCCUCCAGUGGAUGCUAUUGAAGAGCCAGUACUCAGUAAUAAUGCAAACAAAGAUCUCAUAUCUGACAACCUGCAGUCUCAUAGCCUGGUUAAGACAUAUCAAGUGCCGCCUCUAGAUGCAAACACAGACCCUGAUGUUCGUCACAAACGGGACACAGUGAAAGAGAUGAUGCGUCACGCCUGGAACAACUAUAAGUUAUACGCGUGGGGUAAGAACGAGCUGAAGCCGAUGACAAAACGAGCUCAUCUGACCAGUGUAUUCGGAGGUGGUGAUCUAGGAGCCACCAUCGUCGAUGGUAUGGACACGCUGUACGUCAUGGGACUGAUAGAUGAGUUCAGGGAAGGUAGAGACUGGAUAGCAGAACAUUUCCACAUCAAUGAAAUUGACUCGGAUCUGUCGGUGUUCGAGACCACAAUCAGGUUCGUGGGUGGUCUCCUGUCCUGCUACGCCCUGACAGGAGACGCCGUGUUCCGUGAUAAGGCUGCCGAGGUAGCCGACGCCCUACUGCCGGCCUUCGAGACACCCACUGGAUUACCUUACGCCCUCAUAAACCCAUCAAAUAAGGCCAAUCGUCAGUAUCACUGGGCUGGCGCUAACAGUAUACUGUCUGAAGUCGGGACUCUUCAUCUAGAAUUCACAUACCUGAGCGAUGUCACCGGCAAAGACGUGUACAGACAGAAGGUCGAUCGUAUUCGCGAUGUUCUUCACAACAUCCAGAAGCCAGAAGGUCUCUAUCCCAAUUACAUCAAUCCCAGGAACGGACAGUGGGGGCAGAAGCACACAUCUCUGGGAGCGCUAGGCGACUCCUUCUACGAGUAUCUGCUGAAGGCCUGGAUUCUAUCAGACAACGAGGACGUCCAGGCCCGCGAGAUGUUCGACGAGGCGAUGCAGGCAGCUCUCGAUAAGAUGCUUAGGACUUCGCCCUCAGGGCUCGCCUACCUCGCGGAGGUCAAGUACGGCAGGAUAUUUGAAGAGAAGAUGGACCACUUGUCGUGUUUCGCAGGUGGUAUGUUCGCCCUCGCUUCAACAACAAUGUCCAACUCUCUGUCGGAGCGGUACAUGGACGUGGCCCGCAAAUUGACUCACACCUGUCACGAGAGCUACGACCGCUCGGAAACAAAACUCGGACCGGAGGCUUUCAGGUUCUCUGGCGCUGUCGAGGCUCGCGCUAUGAAGAGUAACGAGAAGAUGUACCUCCUGCGGCCGGAGACGUUCGAGAGCUACUUCAUCAUGUGGAGACUCACCAAGGAACAGAAAUAUAGAGAUUGGGGCUGGGAGGCUGUUCAGGCUCUCGAGAAGCACUGUCGAGUGGAGGGAGGGUACACGGGUCUGCUGAACGUGUACCACGCCUCGCCUCAGGGCGACGACGUGCAACAGAGCUUCUUCCUUGCGGAGACGCUUAAGUAUCUGUACCUGCUGUUCUCCGAGGACUCCUUGCUGCCAUUAAACGAAUGGGUUUUCAACACCGAGGCCCACCCUCUGCCCAUCAAGAACAGGAAUCCGCUGUACCGAGCCGCCGACAAGACCGCUCACAUUGUGAACGAGAGCAAUCAAAUUUAAAAAAUACGCCAUUUAUAUUACUUUGGGCGCGAUCUCUUUUAAUACUGUGACUUCAAUGAACGAAUCUUGAACAUUUUGAAUCCAAAUUAUGUUUUAUCUGUCCCUGGUCUUGGACGGAUACGAAAUAUCAUAAUCUAUUCUAAUAUUUUAUUAUCUUAUUUUUUAUUUUUUUGUUAUUCCUUCAUUUUAUUUUCUGACGACGAUCUUUAUAUUGUAUGGUAAUAGUAAAUUUUUUACGGUUUCCUUCUUGGUCUCUGUUAGUCUUAAACUUUGUACAUAUUUAAUAAUGUUAUAAUUAAUAAUCUCUCAAUCAACAGCUGUUCGUAUGUAUUGUAUUGUAGUGAGCUGCGAAGCGUAUAACGUGUGGUCAAAGAUCAUAUAGAAAUUUGAAAUUUUGAUCGCUCCGUUACUGUCCCCCGAUCACGUCAAAGGCCGAGGCCACUCGGUGCGAUGGAUCUAAAUUUCAAAUUUCCCACAAGCUCCGAGUCCGAAGGCAUAUCUCCAAAUUACUAAUACAAAUUUUAUAAUCCCACUGCAAGUGUAGCGGCGUGUGGUGUAUGUUAAGCGUAGAUGUGGACCCGCCGGUGACACUGGUGGCUGUUCAAUGAAUGUAGGAAAAUGUUUUAAAGUGUCUAAUAGUACUACGGUAAUGUUUCUGUUCCCGCCAACCUUCUGAGGCAGUCGAUUAAACGAACCGAGAGCGUUGUCUAUGCUUUUGAUUUCAUUAUAUUUUAUUUGUUAUUCACUGAUUCUCGCCACAUCUCUCCUGGAACGCCCUCGGACGGUCAGUUCUUGUGAUGUAUUUACUCCAACCGUAUUCCGCUUACUCGACUGUUAUCGCAGGAUUGUGUUACAUACUUAUAUUAAUAAUUUGAGAUAUUUUUUUUCAUCCGACGGCCUAUAUAGCGUUUAAAUGAAUAAGAAAUUUAAAUAAUCCUCAUAAAUACAACGUAACGUUGGCACCUGUUAAAAUAGCAUUUUUAUUUAUUAUUGUAAUAUACAAUGAGGACGUUAAUAGACAAUGUUUAGACAAAAACCGUAGAUAAAUUUGUGUACAUGAUGUAUAUAGUCUUAGAUAGAGAUAGCGUAGAGUCGUGUAGCGCGUGUCGAGGUGUGUGUGUGUCGGUCUCUGUAUAAUAACUACUGCCAGUUUUUUUUAUUGUCUGUUGUAAUAUAAUAUAUGUUUAUUAGAUGUAAUUUUAAAAGUUUUGAGCGUUUCCGUUGGCUGCAAUCGAAAUUAUAAAUGUUGUUUGUAAAGCGUUCUUUUCUUACUGAACAGAGGCGAGCCCAUCUCGCAUUAAUAUAAAUGUACAAUACUUAAUGUUUUCUUAGAUGUAUAGUGACUUAAAUUGCAUUAUGUUUAGUUUAAUGUAUGUUGAUGUGUUUGUAUGUUACAGCGAUGGUGAUUAAUUUAAAUAAUAAUAAUUAUUAUUAAUGAAAUAUAAAAUUUUGAUGUAAUAUUUUCAGAUAAAUUCAGCAAAUAACUUCCAAUUUCUACUUUUCUAAGAUUUGUCUUAAUAAUAUGUUUAUUUUUCUAUGCUUCAUUGAUUGUUACUUCAAAAAUCACUAUGAUUCUUUUCGUUGACACUGAUCGUGUAGUAAUCAUUCAGAUCCGGUAAUUUAUUAUUUGUCGUUUUUAAUUUAAUUUAUCCAAUAUUUGCUGUGUAGCCUUGUCAAGCUAUCUCGACUACUGCUCAAACUAAACGGAAGUGGUCUCUGUAGGGCGGAUGAUGUUACAAUGUUAUUGCCACAUUUUUAAAAUCCUAAAAACGUAAUAGUGUUCUAACAUCGUCCAAAGCUUGUUAUCCUGAGUAUGAAGUAAUUGUAUUUAACAAACCGAUGUAAAUUUCAGUUAUUAAUAAAACAAUGUUUACAUAA